AUGAGUGAGCAAUCAAUAACGGUACGAGCACCCAAGGUGUUCCUAGAAUCUAACCUUAACUUCCCAAACGUAGAUACGUCUGUUACGGAAGUAACUGUCACAAGAGCGCGAUGCAUUGAUCCUAGCCUAUUGGAUUCAUUCUUAAGGACCAUGAGACACGGAAGUGAUGAUAUUAUUAAGCAGAAAAUAAACAACGUUACAGAAAAAGGUUCCACACUUCGUUCAAAGAGUGAGAAAUGUGGUGACUUUGUAAGAAAUGAAUUAUAUCCUAAUUGGAAAGAACGAAGUAAAGUGAUUUUUUAUUGCCAAUACCAAGCGACUUUGAUGAAAGAAGAAUUAGAUGUUAAAUCAAAUGAAAUGGUAUCUGACGGUCCACAAGUAGCUACGAGAAUAGACCCAUAUGCUGAAAGGGAUUGGAAGAAAGAACAAGAGUCCCGUUUCAAACAGUGGAGGAAUGUUUGUGGUUGGGUACAGAAUAAUCUGCAAAUAGAGUCGAUACUCAGAACUACGAGCGAGGAAAUCUUGAACCAAAGAUGUGAUGCCAAUCGAAAAUAUUUAGAGGAUUUCGAAGAAUUCAUGAACAAACAACAGACUAAUAAGUAG